AUGGUGCUAACCCCGCCCCAGCUGGCCCGCUAUAUCGAAAAUGGGAGUCUUCUGGUGAGAGGAGUGUCUCGGAAGGAAUCCGCCCACAACAGAUGGAUCAAUAAUAUUGUACCGUAUGCCGUCAGUCCGCAGUACACCUCACAACAGAAACAAAUCAUCCGCUCGUCUCUUCGCGGCAUGGAAAAGAUUUCUUGCUUCCGAUUCGUGGAAAGAAAAUCGGAAAAGGAUUACGUCUUCAUCGUGCCGUUAGAUGGAUGCUAUUCGUAUGUUGGGAGGAUUGGAGGUGGCCAGCUGAUGUCUCUGUCUCCGGAUUGCCUGGCUGAUUUUAUUAUCUGGCAUGAGAUGAUGCACGCAAUCGGUUUCGAGCAUGAGCAUCAGCGACCGGAUCGAGACAAUCAUUUAACGGUCAAAUAUGAAAAUGUGAUCCCCGCACAAAUGGUGAAUUUCGAGAAGAUCCGCGCAAAUGAAGUCGACUACCCGGAUAAAUAUGAUUAUUCGUCGCUGAUGCACUACGAUUCGUAUGCUUUCGGAAAGUUGGAUGAGAAGAGGAAAGUACGAUUGGCUACGAUGGUUCCGAAAAAGGCAGGCGUCUCUCUGGGUGACAACAUGGCCUUCUCCCCAACAGACAUUCGAAAGUUGAAUCGUCUGGGGAAAUGCCCUUCCCCUAUUUCUCCAGUGAAUCCCGAAUCCGGUGUCCAGAAAAAGCCCCAAGAUGUCGGAAAAGAGGAUACUACCGUACCCUCUGCCCAAUGCUUCGAUAGAACUUCGAAUUGUCACGAUUUCAAGGAGGCCGGAAAAUGCGACUCUCCCGCGUACAAAGCGUUGAUGGAGAACUAUUGCGCGUUGACAUGUGGAUACUGUAAAGAGAUGGAGAAGACGACGAAAUUGGUUGAGAUCCCGAAAAGCCCCCAGAAAGAGCACACCAUCAAGGAGGAAGUGAAGAAACCGAAAGUGGUCAUUGAGGAAGCGGAAAAGGAUGGAAAUGAUGUGGAAUGCGAGGAUUUGAAAAUCUCAUGCAAAUUCUUCGUCGAACAGUGCCAGAAGUCGAAUUUCCGCGACGUUCUCAAGAAACACUGCCGGAAGACGUGUGGAUACUGC